AUGCACCCGCCAAAGCGGUCGAAUAGGAGACUCUUGCGAUCCGUGCCAGGCCAAAAAACUAAAGUGCACGGGUUCCUUGACCCGUGCCCCAUCCCGAGCCCAUGCCCUGCUGCCGAACUCGAGUCCCACACAGCAGUAGCAACCCUCAAGAAACAAGUACGCGAUGGCUCCAUCAACAAGGCUUUGCUGCUCUCCCUCUGCGCUAUGGGUUCCCGAUUCGACCAAGAUGAGCAGAUUCGCUGCCUGGAAAACAGCUACAACAACGAGUCCAAGCGCUUGCUACUGACAGACCUGGAAAACAUCUGUAUCGAGAAUGUGCAGACAUGUAUUUUGCUCGCUAAUCUCUUUGCUGCUCAUCUGAAUCCUUCUUCUGAAACCCUCUUCUUUCGCAUAGGCGUCAAUCUAUUGCAAAUUAUGGAGGCUGACACUUCUUUGGCGGCUGGAAACCUAAUAGACCGCGAGAUGAGGAUAAGGGCGUGGUGGACGCUGUUCAUGGCUGAUCGCUGGUCCUCGUCCAGUCUUGGAUUAGCACCUCUGAUCCGCGACACCGAUCUCGCUGUUGAUCUACCAAUGCACGAACCCAUCUUUGAGUCCCUCUCUCCAAAUGAGACCAAGCUAAAUGUCCCUUGGGAGCCGGGCCUUUGGGCACAUAAGAUCUCAUUAAUCCGCCUGUUUGGGCCAAUUAAGGAUCUCAAUCAUCGUAGCGUCUACGGAAGUGUGGAUAAAGACGAGAUUGAUUCGACUGUCGCAUCCCUCUCUAAAUUACUAGAGGACUGGGAAUGGACAAUCCCUCCCAACGUCAGAUGGAGCACAGAGAAUCUCGAGCGAUAUAUCAAGCAGGGCAUGGCGGCGCCUUUGUCGCUCUCCACUUGGGCUAUCACCACUAUGCAACGGUGCUAUACUUUCGAUUUCUCGAGCCCACGGCCUCAUCAUCUCCUCUGGCGUCGAUGUAUCGUGCCAAGUGCAAGUUCCACGCUGCUUCUUAUAGUGAUCUCGUGA